UUAUGUGGAUCGUGAGAUCAUAAUUUAUACAUGCUGUUUUGUUAUAAAAACGCAUAAAAUUGAUAAAUUUUGUAAGCAAACAGCUUUCUCAAAUCGUUAGUUUGGGUGGUAUAAACGCAUCGCAACAUAAACAAACCAUUUGACAGUUCUCGUGUGCGGAAGUAAACACCAAACAGCACAAAUAUCACCGGAAUAUACGGCACCUGCAAGCGUUUUCUGCUUUAAACUAGCAUUCCAGCGACAAUUUUCAUAAGUUUUGCAACUUUUGCAGAAGUGUAGUGGUUUGUUGUGCUUAUAGUGUCACCUCGCACCUCGCCGAAAGCGGUGAAUUAUUACAAUGAACAUAAACGUAUCGGAUCUGACGGAUAUAGCGCUCCAGAUCAUGGGCUACAAAAUGUACGAUCCGAGCGGCAUACCGGUCGAUUCGCUGGAUGCGAUCGUAAAGUAUCAGCCCGCCAAGGAGAACACCGGCAAGGCGAAAAGUGCGAAGCGGAAAGUAGCCAACACACCGACACAAACCCAGGAACAGUUCCUGGCACAGUUCGGGCUGCCCAACUUCGACACCGUGCUGGAGAAUCCGAAGCAGUACGUCGAGUCGCAGAUGGCAACAUUUUACCAGCAACAGCAGGAACACUUGGUAAUGAUGCGCACGGAGGAUGAUGUCGUGAAAUCGUCGCUGAAAACAUUGCGCGCAGCGAUUGGAAGACAGGUCGCUCGGGACAAGCCCGUAUUAACGCAUAAAAUGAACAAAAUCUUCACCGCGCUAUGUCAGGCGGAUGAGGCGGAACUGCUGUCCCGUACGAAAUAUGAUGUUGACGUAGGGGAUCACGUUCUGUUGAAGCAAGGGAUACUGUUGCACGAGUUCAACAUGCUGCUGCAGCUGCUGAAACGUAUCAUGGAGGACCUGUCCGACAAUUACUCCCAUUAUGAUUUUGCCUUUUAUUUGCUACAGAAACUGUACGAACAAAUUAAAAAACCGGACGAUCUCGUAUGAUUUGAUCACCGCUUCUUAUUAUACCCCUGCAUCUCAAUUUCGGACCCUAUCGGUGAGGAGAGUCGGUGUACAAAUCGGGCAGAAGAGCUGAAAUGGAUGUAUGGAGCACGCACUG